CGAGCUCAUAUUUUUUCAUCGUAACGUUAUCUUCCAAUUGAUACGGUUUGAACUCGCACAAAUAUUACCUUUAGAUAAGAAUUAGGCUUAUUGUGCAAACUAGCGUGUUUUCACCAGUAGUGAAAUAGUCAUCGUCAAUCGACAUGCAUUUGACUUUACUGAUGGUGUUUCUUUGCUGCUGCUUUGGAAAAAUAGCAGAGGCUUCAUAUGUUGCGUGUGAUGAGGGCACGGGCUGCUACAGUCCGAAGUACUGCUGUACAGACGACGCUCAUGACACAUACCGCUGCUGUUAUGAUUACCCGACAUCUGCCCCAAAAGCAUCGAGCUCUGGAAGUGCUGGAGGCACAGUAGGCGGAGUCGCAGGUGCGAUCGUAUUUUUGAUUUUUCUUUGCGUUCUCGGUGCGUGCUGUCGUCGACGAUAUCGCCUUCGUGCGGUAGUGGUGCGGGAAACUGCUGCAAGCCCUAGCAUCACGGUCAUAUCUAACACACAACAGAUGGCAAGUAUGCCUCAACCAAUGCCCUACGUCCCGUACCCCGGACAACCCGCCCCGUAUGCAGGGCAACCCGCCCCGUAUCCCGGACAGCCUGUUCCGUAUCCAGGUCAGCACGCUCAGUAUCCAGGACAACCAGGCGGCUACCCGCCUCAGUACACACCUGCGUAACGCGUCUGCAUGUGCGAGAGUCUGGAAAAGUAGACGAUAGUACCGUGAUAUCACACUGGACUUCAGAAGAAUACUAUUAUUGAUAUCAUAUGCACAGAUGUGUAUAUGGUCUUGGUAUUUGUUGUUAUUAAGUUUAUUUUUCAAGUAAGCAUAUCUAGUCACACAACAGGACAAAUGAAUUGCAUCAUUUGCUUCUUUAAAAAACAAUCUUGUGCAUGUACACUGUGUUAGCAUUUUUACAAAUAGUUUCCGUUAAACAUUCAUGAACUAGUGUUUUACAAGCUUUCAUGUGAUUUUCUGGUAGAUGUUAAAAUACAAAACAAGUUAUACGGUUAAUAACGAUGAAGUGUUGUGCUAUGAUAUUUCAAAAUUGAAAAUAAUUCACAUAACUGUAUAGUCUCUUUCUGAAAUGUGGUGCUUCUGUGCGAAACGGAGUUAAAUUUUAAGUGAGUAUCUCACCAUCUACCAAAGUAAAGUUGGAAUAUUGUUUCUUUUGUAAAUGUAAUCGAAGAUACCUGUCCUAGACAAUGUAUAAUCGUACAGUUUGCCUGUUACCCGGUUCGUACAGACAUGGUACACCCGUUGGUAUUUUGGGUACUCUCGUUUUCAUUGUAUUUUGGACUUGCAAACAUAACUUUUGUAAUUUAUUAAGACCUUUUUCACACUCGAACGCCACAGGCCGGUUUUUCUUGAUAACCCCUCGAAUAAACUGCAGUAUCUUUUA